GAUUUUGGUUAUUUAUAUUUCGUUUUGAGUAAAAUUUAUUGUUGUGACCGAGCCUGAACGUUGCGCGAUUCGAACACCAUGAAUCGCGCAUAGCUACCCUUAGCAACGAGAUCAAUGACGUCGCGGAUGUUGUUGUUUAGUUAGAGACUGAUUGUGACAGCUGCUGAGAGCAGACGUAUUCUACGUAUUAAAUAAAGAGUCUGAGUUUAUGUGUUCUUUUAUAAAUAGUGUGUACUUAUUUGUGUGAAUUGACCCGGACAUAACAUUUUGGGGGCUCGUCCGAGAUAAUUUAUUCAAACACCAUGAACGCCGAAUUGGAUUUUUGGUUAUGGAUUGCCUCACGGAUUGAUGAACAAGAAACGCAUCCUGUUGUACGUAGUAUCAGAGAGAAAGCUAUCAUGGAAAUCGCGAAGGUAGAUCAAUUUAGGAAAGAAACUGAGACAAGAAUAGAACCGCUUGAGACGGAAGUGAACGAUCAAGAAUUGGUCGAAAAAAUACUCUCAAGAACUGAUCUGCAAACUGAGCAACUACAGAAUGAAGAAUUAGCAAGGCAAUAUCAUUCAAGCUUGCUGCUCAUAAACGGCUGUGUCGAUUUGCUUGAAAAGCAAAAGGAUCUUCAACUACAAUUUAAACAGCUAAGUCAAUUGAACACAUACAUCACAAACACAGACAUAGACACAGACAUAAUCACUGAAGGGUCAAUUUUUGAUGAAUCGAAUUUAGUUGAUACACAUUUGAUACAUGUCAAGAAGGAAUUAGAAUUACCAUCUAACAACACAGUUAAACACCAGAAUGUGUCAUCGAUGAAUGCCGCUGUUGAUGACACUAUUCUAAAACUACAUAGACGUGGAGAUACACUUAAAAAGAUCAAAAAGACAGAUUUAGAUUAUUUCCAAAAUUCUAUGAGUUUGACAAAGAAAGAUGCGAUACUGCAGAUGUUGGGUUCGUUCCGUUUCAGACCAGCAAAAUCCGGUUCGAAAGGUUUAUUGAGUGAGAUGUCGUCGCUCACAUCUUUGCCGUUCGAUGGAGGAGGUCGGAUACGAAUGAUGACAUCAUGCACAUCCACGCCGUUCGAUGGAGGAGGCUGUUCCUGUAAUGACACGUACCAACAACGACGAAAGAUCCUGAUUAAGACAUUUCACCCGAUUGAGACGCAUCAACCCGAAUGUGACCGAAUCAAACCGAUUUAUGAAGACUACUCUGCUCACGGUUCUUUUGAACCAUGGUUUUUCCCGUGAGCGUGAAGCUAGCAUUGGUGGCGGCCUUGGCCGUGACAACAACGAGGGCGUCGCAUCAAUUCUCGUAUGGCAACGGACCCCUUUAUCCGAUUCAGGCGAGGUUGAUCUCACAGUCUGUGCAUCUGAACGAAGUGCCGACAAAAAUCAUCAAAAUCACCAAGACGGUCGCAGUCAAGGUCCCCGUGCCGUAUCCUGUAAAGAUUCCGCACCAUAUACCGGUGCCAGUACCGGUAAACCACCCGAUCGCGGUACCCGUUCCUCAGAUAGUGAAAGUUCCGCAUCACGUGCCAGUGGAAGUCGAGAAGCCGGUCCCGGUGGAGCUUCCUCAACAGGUACCGCUCUACCUGACCAAGACGCUGGCUCUGCCUCAUCCGGUUCCGGUGCCCCAGCCCGUGGCCAUCAACAGGCCGGUCUACUACCCGGUGCCUCACCCGGUGCCUUAUCCCGCUCAUCACGACGAUCAUCACCAUCACCACCGUCACCACGCUCACCACGGCGAUCACGGACAUUCGUUUCAUCACCAUUGGAAUCACUCUCCUUCACUGUAUUCACAUCCACAACAACACGAAGUGCACGCUAGUCUCUACGCCAAGACGACAGACUUUGACGCAAAAGAAGGAGCCGAGAAUGACGAAAACGCCGAUGAGAAGGCGGAGAGUCAACAGGCAGCCGAUACGCAUCAUGGGUACGGCUACUUCCGACCAUCGCAACCGGAUUACGGUUCUGAGCCCUAGGCUUUCGAGAGCGAUAUCAAAAAGCCGAGCAUACAACUUUUCUACAUUUAUAAUAUCCAAAUUGAUUCCUGUCUAGAUAAAAAAGUUUCACUGUGCCAAACAACUGAGUAUCGUGGAAACGAUUUUCCGAUUUGAAAGCAGGUGUAAGAAAUACAUACUCAUCAUCUUCAUAAAUCGUAUAUUAGAAUAUCGUACAAAAGAAGAUAAAGAUAGUAUUUUGUUUCGAAAGAGAAUCCUGUUAAGUUUUUUCCUCUUCAUUGUUGUUGAUCCGCACUGUUAUUAUUGUUAUUAAAUAGAUAUGCCAUAGCGUAUUUUGUAAAUAUAAAAGUUUUUGUACAAUAAAAUACCUAAAAACAUAA